AUGGGGUUUACUGAUGUGGCUGGUGGGCUCUCAUACCCCAAUGUGUUUGCACUCAGUGCCGCGAGUUUCGUCGCUUACAUCCUCAUCACCGCGGCGUACAGACUGUACUUCCACCCUCUCGCAAGCUUCCCCGGCCCGUUCUGGGCAAAGCUAUCGACGUUCCCGGCGUGGUGGCAUUCAAAGAAUCAAGACCGGCACCUGUGGCAUUUGAUCCUGCAAGAGCAAUACGGUCCCGAGUACCGAUACGCGCCAAACAGCGUUUGUCUCAACACUCCGUCAGCGUACAGACACAUCUUUGGACCCAAGGGUAAUGUGAAGAAGAGCGAGUACUACUCCGUCUGGCCCAAGACUGAGCACCAUAUCAACACGUGGGACGCCGUUUCCGUUCCUGCACAUGCCAGAAAGCGACGGGUGAUUAACUACGCGUUCUCUGAGAGCGCGUUGCGCGAGGCCGAAGUCUUCGUUCACGCUAAUGUUGAUCGAUGGCUGGUUUUGCUCGGGCGGGAUAGAGAGAAGGGAGAUCUGUGGACGAGGAGCAUCAAUAUGGCUGAUCAGGUGACGUACCUCGUGUUCGACAUCCUGGGAGACUUGUGCUUCGGGAAGUGUUUCGACAUGAAGGAGCCGGAUAGCAAGCUGCGACAUGUCCCUGAGCUCAUGAUUGGUUUUAUGGAGCUUGUGCAUCCGAUUGGCUGCUCUCCGAUCAGCUCGUUGUACAUCUGGCUCAAGCCGAGAGGUUUGGAUAGACUACUAGCAGCCGUGACUCCGCCCGCGAUUCAGAAAUGGACAGAAUUCGUAGACGACUGCCUCGCAAAGCGGACAAGCAAGCAGCGCGAGCUGGAGGAGAAGCCCAGGUCAGAAGCAGAGGUCAGAAAGGACUUCUUCCACUGGCUGUUCAAUGCGAAAGACCCAGAGACUGGGACUGGCUACUCCCUCCCAGAGCUCUACGCAGAGUGUGAGCUUCUCAUCGUCGCAGGCAGCGACACGACUGCCAUCGUCAUCUCAGCGGCCUACUUCUACCUGUCGCGCAACCCGUCGGUGCAGGAGAAGCUGGCGCUGGAGAUUCAUUCCACGUUCAACAGCUACGAAGAGAUCAAAGCCGGGCCCAAACUCCAGUCUUGCAACUAUAUGACCGCGUUUCUGAUGGAGGCAAUGCGCAUGUCGCCCCCAGUCCCCGCCGAGCCCAGUCGCGAAGUCCUUCCCGGCGGCACAACGGUCAACGGACACUACUUCCCGCAAGGCUCUCUCAUCAGCACCGCAUUCUGGGCAAUGCACUACAACCAGGAUUACUACCCGGAGCCGCUGAAGUUCCGGCCUGAGCGCUGGAUCGUAGGCGAGGCGGGGUCAACGGCAGACAGCGUUGCCUUGGGCGAGAGCGCGUUCUGUGCUUUUUCGACUGGCUCGCGGGGAUGUGUAGGCAAGAAUAUGGCUUGGCUUGAGAUGAGGAUUGUCCUGGCGAAGACGCUGUGGAAGUUCGAAAUCAGGCGUGAUGCUAACGGCAACUUGGGGGGCGGGAGCGCGGACGCGAGGCCCGGGCGCCGUGAGGAGGGACAGUAUCAGACAUAUGAGAUGUUUGUGAGCAACAGGAAGGGACCGAUGGUGCAACUAAAGGAGCGCGUGCACUGA